AUGUACUUCAAUAAAAUAGUCAGGAGAAUAAAGAAAGAAAGAGCCCAGCUCAGAAUACUUGUACUCGGAUUGGAUAAUGCGGGUAAGACAACUAUCCUACACAAGAUCCUCUCUAAGCCAAUAGAAGAUGUGCAUCCGACCUUUGGAUAUCAGAUCUAUGAUGUAUCCUAUAAGGCAACUAGUCUUAUAAUUCUUGAUAUAGGAGGACAAUCGAUGUUUAUAGAAUAUUGGUCAAGUUACUAUGAAGAUGUGGAUGGUGUUGUAUUUGUAUUUGACUCCAGUGACAGUAGAUCGUUUGUUGAACACAUAGGCCAUAUAAGGUCCAUACUAGUUAGCACGCCCAUGCUCAUAUUGGCAAAUAAGUCUGACCUCAACCCUAUGUUUAAUCCCAAUCAAUUUGGAAAGGACUUUUGUGAACUUCUUAAGAAGAAGGAUGUAAAGCUCAUCAAAUGCUGUGGGAUAAAAGGGGAUGGAUUAGAAGCAGGGUUUGACUGGAUGCUAGGCAGGGCAAUGGAAAGACUGGUAUUAGACGAAGGAGAGAAGAAAGAGUUAUAG